CUUCUCUCACUCGCUUCUGUGCAGGAGGGCAGAGACAGCAUGUGUGAGCAACUUGAAGUCCCUACUAUUGGGAUUAGUUAGUCUGAUUAUAAACACCUACUGAGAAUUAGAAUUUAUUUGACUGUGCAAAGAAGGGCAACAUGAAGUGGAUUCUUUCUUGAGUUAAACCUUUUUUUUUUUGCACAAAGUGGAUAACAAAUUUAAGGAUAACACAAUGGCUCAAAUGGAUUCAGAUUUUGGUGUGAAGAGCAGCAGCAUCAUCAGGGAAUGGAGUGGACAGGUCCAGCCUGCUCUGGUCGCCUCCUUUGUUUUCCUCUUCUGUCUGGAAGCCUGCCUGUGGGUCAGGAACCUCAGGCUCAAGAGAAGACUGCCUGGACCCUUUGCCUGGCCGGUGGUGGGCAAUGCCAUGCAGCUGGGCCAGAUGCCUCACAUCACCUUCGCCAAGCUGGCCAAAAAGUAUGGAAAUGUGUACCAGAUACGACUGGGCUGCAGUGACAUCGUGGUUCUGAAUGGAGACAAGGCGAUACGUCAGGCUCUGGUACAGCACAGCACUGAAUUUGCAGGCAGACCAAACUUUGUCUCAUUUCAGGCCGUGGGUGGGGGGAGCAGUUUGACUUUUACCAGUUACAGCAAACAGUGGAAGAUGCACAGGAAAAUUGCUCAAUCAACGAUCAGAGCCUUCUCAUCGGCCAAUAGCCAGACCAAGAAAGCCUUUGAGCAUCAAAUUGUGGCUGAGGCCACAGAGUUAGUCGAGAUUUUCCUGAAACUCAGUGCUCAGGGCCAACAUUUUAACCCUGCUCAUGAGCUGACAGUAGCUGCAGCAAACGUGAUCUGUGCCUUGUGCUUUGGAAAACGUUAUGGACAUGAUGAUAUUGAGUUUAGAGCCUUGUUGCAGAGGUCAGAUGAGUUUGGACAGACAGUUGGGGCUGGCAGCUUGGUAGAUGUGAUGCCAUGGCUUCAGUCUUUUCCUAAUCCGGUGCGCAGUAUGUUUGAGAACUUUAAAGACCUGAAUCGAGAGUUCUUUGGGUUCGUCCAAAACAAGGUGGAUAAGCACAGGGAGACGUUUGAUCCAGAUGUUACCAGGGAUAUGAGCGAUGCUUUCAUUGGCGUGAUCGACAAGGCUGAAGGUGACAACGGACUCACCAAAGACCACACAGACGGGACAGUGUCUGACCUCAUCGGUGCAGGCCUGGAUACCGUUUCCACUGCUCUUCACUGGAUUGUCCUGCUGCUGUCUAAAUACCCAGACAUACAAACCAAACUCCAUGAGCUCAUUGAUAAGGUCGUAGGACGGCAAAGGCUGCCAUCUGUUGAAGACCGGAGUCACCUAUCUCUUUUGGACGCUUUCAUCUAUGAAACUAUGCGCUUCACCAGCUUUGUCCCGGUCACCAUCCCCCACUCCACAACUUCAGAUGUAACCAUUGACGGUCUCCACAUCCCCAAAGACAUGGUGGUCUUCAUCAAUCAGUGGUCUAUCAAUCAUGACCCCCUGAAGUGGAAGGAUCCACACAUCUUUGACCCCACGCGCUUCCUGGAUGAAGACGGCUCCCUCGACAAGGACAUAACUAACAACGUUAUGAUCUUCUCAGCGGGGAAGAGAAGGUGUAUCGGGGACCAGAUUGCCAAAGUUGAGAUAUUUUUGUUCUCUGCGAUUUUACUUCACCAAUGUAUCUUUGAGAAAUGUCCCGAAGAGGAUCUGUCUUUAAACUGCACAUACGGUCUAACACUGAAGCCUUUAGAUUAUAAGAUCAAUGCCAAGCUCAGGGGAGAGUUACUAACAGACCAAUAACUAACUGUUGGGAUCAAUCAAAUGAAAGACCAACAGCACAAUAUAAGGUAUGUGUUAUAUCAAAUCAUAAGCAUUAAAAAGCUAAUUAUAAGCUUCUCACUUCUACUGACAUUUAAAAUCAUGACCAUAACCGAUCUAUUAUAACUGUGCUCUCUGUCAAUUUUACUCUGCAAGCCUAAAAAACUGCAACUUAGAAACUCUAAAAAUAUCAGUACUGGCUCUGCUGCAUCAUGUCAAAAGUUAAAAAAAAAUCAAUAAAAUCUUUGAUGUGGGCUCCCAAAGCCACAAUUCAUAAUAAGCCUUAACUAUGUAUUGUUAUUUAUGUGAGGGUAUUUAGCCAAGUCAUCCUAAAUUGCAAAAUAAACGGUGGUGAAUAGAUUUUACCAAAGCAUUCUGCUCCUUUCUUCACUGAUGGGGGGAAAACAUGCGCCAGCUGUGUGGUCUCAACUGAAUCCACAGUUCAGUUAUUGACCCAGCCUUUCAUUCAUCUUCAUGUGUACUGGACUCUUUAAUCUUUGAGUUUAAUUCAAUGUGCAGUCAUCUACAUUUAUGUACUCUUAAAUCAUGCUUAUUACUGUUGUAUUCUGAUGAUAACUCUAUCCAUAAAACAUCACUGUAAAUCCUGAUGUCUAAGGAAUAUCACAUCUGAAAUAAUAAGCUGUGUAGAAAGCUCAAUGUUUGAAUUGUGUUUAAAAGUAUGGUACAGAAUGUUUUGAUUACUGUGUGACAAGGAUGUACAAUAAACAUUUCGUAUUGAUCUGUAUCUGAA